AAUGUCUGGAAAUCUUGAAUAUUUGUGCUUAAUUUUGAGGAUCUUGGUGCCAUAUUCAUUCAAGACUCAAAUGCAGACCCACGAAGGAUUGAGCUCCCCAAACCGGGAGGGUUCCCGUCCCCAAUCCGGGAGGGAUCACCCAGCCCGCCGUCCCCAAACCCCCCAGCGCACCGUCCCCAAACCGGGAGGGGUCACCCAGGCCGCUGGCCCCAAACCGGGAGGGCUCACCCAGCGCACCGUCCCCAAACCGGGAGGGGUCACCCAGCGCACCGUCCCCAAACCGGGAGGGUUCACCCAGCGCACCGUCACCAAACCGGGAGGGCUCACCCAGCGCACCGUCCCCAAACCGGGAGGGCUCACCCAGCGCACCGUCCCCAACCCGGGAGGGUUCACCCAGCCCGCCGGCCCCAAACCGGGAGGGCUCACCCAUCCCGCCUGCCCCAAACCGAGAGGGCUCACCCAGCCCGCCGGCCCCACACCGAGAGGGUUCACCCAGCCCGCCGGCCCCACACCGAGAGGGUUCACCAGCCCGCCGGCCCCACACCGAGAGGGCUCACCCAGCCCGCCGGCCCCACACCGGGAGGGCUCACCCAGCCCGCCGGCCCCACACCGGGAGGGUUCACCCAGCCCGCCGUCCCCAAACCGGGAGGGCUCACCCAGCCCGCCGUCCCCAAACCGGGAGGGCUCACCCAGCCCGCCGUCCCCAAACCGGGAGGGCUCACCCAGCCCGCCGUCCCCAAACCGGGAGGGCUCACCCAGCCCGCCGUCCCCAAACCGGGAGGGCUCACCCAGGCCGCUGGCCCCGCACCGGGAGGGCUCACCCAGCCCGCCGUCCCCAAACCGGGAGGGCUCACCCAGCCCGCCGUCCCCGCACCAGAAACGAAAACCAUAAACUGAAACUGCAUUGGAUUCCAAUUGUACAGCUUUUUCUGAGCUUCCCCACGCUAAGUUGUUCGUAAUGGUGAUGUAAAUGAGCGUAAUCUUUGGCAGGGCUAUUUUUGACUCUUUGCCAGUAUUUAUUUGAAGAGAAACACCCGAUGUUUUGAACAGUAAUUGCUCUUGGUCCUGAAACAGACAACGCAGGGAGAGCUUACCGGGUCAGGCAACAUCCGUGGAAAGGACAAACGUCCUGCCCUUCCUCAAACCUAGUCCGUUCUGUGCAAGGGUCAACAAGUCUCUGCACAGAUGACAUCGUCCCAGCAGACAGCUGACUUGCUGAUUUAACAGUUCGAAACA